CACAACAAUAUCCACAGCCUCUGUGAGUUAACUGGUUGAAAGGGACUAGUACCUGAAACCCCACAAUGUCUUAUUACGAGCAUAUAGUAAUACCAGACGACUACACUGAAGAUAACAGCUCCGAGUCUGGAUCUGGGGACAUACUAGAAUUUGAUGAAGCCUGUGACCGAGCUGUCAGCCAUGAAUUCAGCCGGAUCUUCCUUCCCUGCGUGUACGGAAUCAUUUUUCUGCUGGGGAUCAUUGGAAACGGCCUUGUGGUUAUAGUGAUGGGCUAUCAGAGGAAGUCCAGAACUAUGACUGACAAAUACCGCCUGCAUCUGUCUGUCGCUGACUUACUCUUCGUGCUCACACUUCCCUUUUGGGCCGUAGAAGCGGCCAGUGACCAGUGGUACUUCGGCGGCUUCAUGUGUGUGGCUGUGCACAUGAUCUAUACUGUGAAUCUGUACAGCAGCGUGCUCAUUCUCGCCUUCAUCAGUCUGGACCGCUACCUCGCCGUGGUCAGGGCCACAAACAGCCAAGGGCCGAGGAAGCUGUUGGCGGAGCGCAUCAUAUACGUGGGCGUGUGGCUCCCGGCUGCGCUGCUCACCGUGCCUGACCUGGUGUUCGCCAAGGCGGAGAACAUCACUGUCAGGACGAGUUGCCAGCGGGUCUACCCAGAGCCGUCGUCGGUCUGGCGCGCCGCCUUCCAGUUCCAGCACAUCGUGGUGGGAUUCGUCCUGCCGGGACUGGUGAUCCUUAUUUGCUACUGCAUCAUCAUUUCCAAGUUGGCGCACGGCACCAAGGGCACCCAGAAGCGCAAGGCGCUGAAGACCACGGUGGUGCUGAUCGUCUGCUUUUUCAGUUGCUGGCUGCCGUAUUGCGCGGGCAUCCUGGUGGACACGCUCCUGAUCCUGAACGUGGUGCCCCACAGCUGCGAGCUAGAGCAAGGUCUGGAGAAGUGGAUCUUCGUCACGGAGGCGCUGGCCUACUUCCACUGCUGCCUCAACCCGAUUCUGUACGCCUUCCUCGGGGUGAAGUUCAAGAAGUCCGCCCGCAGUGCCUUGUCCCCCAGCCGCGGCUCCAGCCUGAAAAUUCUCCCCAAGAAACGCGGAGGGAUGUCCUCUGUGUCCACAGAGUCGGAAUCCUCCAGCUUUCAAUCCAGUUAACGCACGAACGCUCAUUGAGAACUCUCCCACUGUAAAUAUCCCGCCAUCCAUCCCCAUGGACAUUGUACAUUAGACUAAUUCUGAGCUUUGUAAAUACAUCAAAAUGUAACUGAGCUGAACUAUGGGCUGAGCCCCGAGGCCAUUGAAUGGCCUUCUCUAGCUAUGUAAAUAUGAGUCCAAUGUCAGUAUUGAGUCGACUAAUAGAUAUAGUUAUAUGAGCAUUGAAAGGUCUGAAUUCAGGGAUUUUUUUAUUAGCAGAACUGCUUACAUACUUAAAUGUUUAUCACUGUAGCCCUGCGUUUUUAAUUGUUGUUUACUUCUUUCUGUUGGCACUUAUUAAAUGCCAUGCUCUUAUUUAUUACAUGAAUGGACUGAGUGUUUGAUGUCUAGUUUGUUUCAAAAUAGCUGCUUUGACUCGAGAUCAUUUGUAAUAAACAGUUUGAAACGUGAAA